UAAUCUUCACCUCCCCCCCCCAAUCCCUCUCCGUUCUUCCCUUUUUUUUGCCCCUUCUGGUCCAGCAGACAGCAAACAAACUACUAGUGCUUCUUUUCAACGUAUCCAUGUGAACCAUCAUCGGCUUUAACUGCUUCUUCCCUUCGUCUGAUAUGGCGGACCAACCUUCGCACGUGCAUCAUUAUCGCCACGUGAGAUAUUCGCACGUGGGAAGCAGCGGCCGACCCGGCUCGCGGCCCCCACCGCCUCGGGACCUGAUACAGUCGUGUCCUUAUGGCCACGGAGGGAGUUCCACAGGCCCGCCCAUGGGAACCGGCGGAGAGGUCGCGCCGCGGCGCUCCAGCUACCGCGGCAUCAGGCAGCGGAGCGGUAAGUGGGUGUCGGAGAUUCGGGAGCCGGGGAAGGCCAGCCGCAUAUGGCUGGGCACGUACGCCACCGCGGAGAUGGCGGCCGUGGCCUACGACGUAGCCGCCCACGCGCUGCGCGGCGCCGACGCGGUGCUCAACUUCCCCGACGAGAUCGCGACGCGUCCCGUACCGGCGUCGGGCUCCCCAACCGCCAUCCGCUCGGCCGCCGCCGAGGCGGCCACCGCCCUACUGCUGCGGGGCACCGGAAUCGCCGCCGCCGACGACGACGACGAUGCCGUCCCGCAGCGGCCGUCGGAAGGGCAGUACAUCGACGAGGAUGAAAUCUUCGACAUGCCGCAACUGCUGGUGAACAUGGCGGAGGGGAUGCUUAUGAGCCCGCCGAGGCUGAGCCCGAGCGGACCCGAUGACCUGCCGGAGGUGUACGAAGGCGAGUGGAGGUGGAGCUAUCCGUGAGCAUUUCGUCGAACACCUCGUUUCGAAUUAGAGUGCUAGAAUUAUGUCAGCUACGGAUCGAUCUCUGUGAGAUGUUCGCAUUGCAUUGCUAUGGUAUAUAUAUAUAUAUAUAUAUAUAUAUUAAUGUAUGUAUGUGUAUGUUUAAUAUAAGUAUCUCGGACUUGCUGAGUCCGCUAAUGAUGGAAUUAGCGACGCAGUUAACCAUGGCAUUACUUGUAAUGCGCGUGAUUAACUAACGUCAGAAAGGUUUAGCUUCCAUCCUUAAUUAGGAUUAUAUGGCGGCCAGUGAUAUGAAUUAAGCUAAAGACAUUGAAAGAUAAAUAAUGACAAGUGAUUCGACAGACUUGCUAAGAAGGAUUCCUUCUCUUUCUUUGUCUCAAAGUUAGAACUAAUAAUAGACUUUUUGCCACUUAACUCAUUUA